CCUUGUCACUCGUCUCUCAUGGAACUGCUCGCGUGGUCUCUCAUCUGGCUGACUAAACUCUCUGGACUGCAGAGCUUAGAGACGGAGCCAAUAUGGCUGACCGUUUCUGCACUUUACCGAACACCUGUCCAUGGUGCUGCUCUAAUAGACCGAGAGCUUCAACUUAACUGGGCAGAAGACGUUGAGGAAGUGGCUUUGUUCACUAGCGAUCCAUCCGUAAACACCAGUAUCGCUCCAGUUGUUCACCUUCUCACGGAGGAUCACCCAGAAGGUAUUUACCAGACCAACAUCACUCUGGGUCGUCCAAAUCUGGGAGCCUGGGAACUCGGAGCUCCGGCAGAUCCAGAAUCUCCAGCGGGAGAUCAAUGUCUCCCGUUCUGGAUCGGCUCCUACAGGAAUGGAUCCCUAGAGCAAGUGGAAUGUCUUAAAAUCCGACCAACGUGGAUGUCUGACAACAGUUUGUCCAUCGGAGGGCUGACAAUAACGUCUCUCGUGUGGCCCGGCACGCACAACUCCGCUUGCUACAGAAGAGGUGACACACUUAGUCUGAAGGACACUCUGGCGAGAUACGUCCUUACCCAGGAUCAGGACGUGUGGAGUCAGCUGGUGUAUGGUAUCAGGUAUAUUGAUCUCAGAGUUGGCAUAUACCCAACGAAACAAAACAGAACAGAGCAUAUUGAUCUUGAAAAAAGUUUCUGGGUGAACCACGACUUGAUCAAAGUUCGGCCGCUAGUCCCUGUUCUGCGAGAGAUCAAGCAAUUCCUGCAAAAGGCAAAGGGCGAGAUCGUAAUCGUAGACUUCCACCGGUUCCCAGUAGGAUUCGCCGGGAGACACCCUCGUCACAACCGGUUGGUGGAACUGUUAGAGAGAGAGUUGAAGGAUGUUGCGAUAGAGUUCACCGGAACUUGGCCCACUCUGGAUACUCUAUGGCAGCAAGAAAAACAACUCAUCAUUACCUACGGAGACAAUGAGGUGGCUAAAAAGCAUCCGUGGAUGUGGCCUCCGUUGAUGCAGAUGUGGGGUAAUCAGCAGACGGUGGAUGGCUUGGAGGAGUUUCUAGAGAGUUGUAUGAACGAGACGAACACCCGGCGCAAACUGUGGGCCGCCAUGGCACAACUGACGCCAGGACAGCAAGACCUGCUGUUCAAGCCUACCUCCAGUUUACGAACAAUGGCGGAAGAAGUCAACCCACGACUUACAGAGUGGCUAAGAGAUCGAUGGUGGUCCCAAUCUAACAUCGUCGCGAGUGAUUUCUUCCUCGGAAACAACGUGAUUGACAUCGCCAUCACAGCAAACAUUGAGAAGGGAAACACCAUCAAGAGAUACGAACUAAUGUGAUAUUGAGUCUUUGAGCACCUGAUCAAUAUGUCAAAGUACACUUUGGGAACAGCAUAUUCAAAAAGAUAUCAUUGAAGAAAAUGUUCACACUGAAUUGGAAGCAGAUUUACUAAGAUGAUUUGUAAAAACUGUGAUCUUAUUUUGUUUACUUGACAUACAUAACAAAACAGGAUAGGGUAUAAAAAGUUGUAAAA